AUGGCUGACCACCAACAUCGCUUGUACCUCACUCUCCACGUCAAAGGAGGGGCCCCAGUUGUCCCGGUACAGGAUGACAACGGACCAACGACCCAAGACGAAGAAAGCAAAGGCUACCGCUACCAAGCCCGGAAGCGUACCAUCGGCCCUGACACCUCACUAUGGCAAUAUGACCAAAUCGAGACCACGAUGCUUCCCUCCGCACAGACGCUCGUUCGAAUCGUACUCGGCAAGGUUGUGGACCUGGGCAAGAUACAUCACAUCCUGAGCAAUGUCCAGUUGCGGCCGGAGGAGGAAGGGUGGGACUCGAUAGUGUGGGUCAAGGAGGCGAUUGAGGCGCUGCUGCGGGAGGAGGACGCGGCGGUGGAGUUUGCUGAGGGGGUGAAUUGGGAGAAUGUGAGGGUUUGGGCGAUGUGGUAUGUGGGGAAGAAGGAGAAGGAACAUCGGUUUGAUGGGGUGGUGAGCUUUGAUCCGUUGAGGACGCCGACGUGGGAUAUGUUUUGUCAGGAGGAAACUGAGCCGUGA